AUGAUUUCUGCUAUAGACAGAGACGAGGUGUACACGAGAGCUGCACCAGCACCGCUUGAUGAAACAAAUCCAAAUUUGGGAAUUGUUGGUGGCCAUAACGCCGAUAUCAUCAACUAUCCGUGGCAAAUAUCUCUUCAGCAUAGAGGGAGUCACUUCUGCGGUGGAUUUUUGAUCUCCAACAAGUGGGUGGUCACAGCUGCACACUGCCUCCUUAGUGGAUACCGCACCAAUCUCAACAUUCGUGCCGGAUCAUCAAACAGAAACAGUGGCGGCCAAACUGCUAACGUAAAGAGAUACAUCACGCAUCCCCAAUACAGUACUACCACUUUGACCAACGAUAUCGCUCUCCUCGAACUCUCUACUCCGAUUACUCUCAACCAAUCAGCCAAAGCAGCCAAACUACCUGUAGCCGGACAGGUGGUUCCCGAUAACGCUCAACUCACCAUUACAGGAUGGGGCGCCACGAGAGCUGGAGAUAAUGCUGGUGUCAAUUUCCUCCAAGAAGUCACCAUACCUACCGUCAAUAGAAAUGUAUGCCGAAAUGCUCUAGGUAGUACAAUCACCAACACCAUGUUCUGUGCUGGCUUGAUUGGAGUUGGCGGCAAAGACUCCUGCCAGGGUGAUUCUGGUGGUCCAGCUGUGAUCAAAGGUGAAGUUGUUGGUAUUGUCUCAUGGGGAAUUUCGUGUGCCGAACCUUCAUAUCCAGGUGUAUAUGCUAAGGUUUCCGCAUUGAGGAACUGGAUAUACCAGAAUUCAGGAAUCUAA